AUGGCAUCCAGCUCCACUGCCGACCCUUCCCACGCCAACCCGUUUGUUCGCAAUGCUCUCCGCAUUUCGCUCAGUGCCAAGGAAUACAAGGCCCUCUACCAACUUGCUGUCGAACGCGCCCCUCUCUCAGUGCAAUCCAAGCUACCUUCACCUUCGAGAUAUGAGGCCAUCGUUCGAUCAAAAAACAGAUACAACGAGGCGGCCCUACGUACGUCCGUGCGCGUGUUUUUGACCUCCGGGGCAUUGCUGAAGUUUGUUGACCUGGUUGCUCGCAGACUUCGGGGCGAGCCUUCGAGUUCCGAAAAGGGUGCUCGCAUCUCUUUCUUCCGCUCCUCUAACUUCCGUCUCUCGCUCUCGCUCUCUCUAGUUCUCCUUUUGUAUCGCUUCCUUUAUCGCUUCUUUGUCCGAUUGCGCGCAAACCUGCGCACCGAUGAGGCCGAGCCAUUUCGCACAAGGAACCCGCGUGUUUCCAAGGCGCUGACCUCGGGAUAUGCACCCGCUGUUGGGGCCAGUUUGGCUGGAUUUGCGCUAGGGAUCUGCCCUCAAACUCAGCUGCGACGAACGGCGGCUAUUUAUACAACUACUCGGAGCUUGGAGUUUCUUUUCAACGUGAUCGACGAGAAAGGCUGGCUGGAAGACCGGCCCUCGUGGUUUGGAAGCUGGCUGCUGAUGCCGAUAUCGUGCGCACAGCUUUUCCAUGCGUUUAUCUUUGAUCGCGAGACUACUCCCAAGUGGUUUGGAAAUGUUAUUAUGAAGCUCUCUCCAGCCUACGUUCAUGCUCGGCCGGAAACCUUGCCUGCUGAAUUCCCUUGGCCCGAGAAAGAAGCUAUAGUGGACUCGCUCGCCACUAUUUCUAAUCUGCGAUGGCCAACCUUCGUUUCGCCUAUUCUCCAUCCGACGGACCCCUUCACCUUACCGUCCGCUGUCAAAUCCAUCUCUCCGAUUACUGGGCCCGCGCAUCCGUCUACUUCGAGUUUGUCGUGCGCUUUGCUACAUCCCAGCUGCCCCAGUUGCGGCACAACGUUCUUGCACCAACUGCUCCUCUCAGUACCCCCUCUGGCCAGGUUCAUCACCACGGUGUCUUUGGCGUUGUCAAUCCUGAGAUCUAAGGACCUGCUUACCCACCCAAUAUCUUCGAUCAACGGCAUUUCGAAGAGGAUCAUUACCUUGACGGCCAUCAUUUCGGCCUCGGUUGGUUCGGCGUGGGGGAGCGUCUGCCUCUGGAACUCCCUCCUGCCACGCUCCAUCCUUCCCACCAAGCGGUUCUUCCUAAGCGGUGCACUGGCUGGUGUGCCGUUCGCGUUUCUCGGAAACAGCCGUACUGUGUUUCUGUACUUCUUCCGAGCCGCAGUGGACUCGGCAUGGAAGACGGGAGUCAAGCGAGGGCUCUGGAAAGGCUGGAAUGGCGGAGAUCUGUUUGUGCUGGUGCUUACCUGGGCUCUCAUGGGCUCUAUCUUGGAGGCCCGGCCCUCCGCUGUUCAAGGGAAGGGGGUGAGGAAGGCGUUGGCCUGGAUGAGGGGAGAGGGCUUUGUGGACCCGAUGGACACGGCCGCGAAAAGGAAGCAGCGAAAGGAGGCGGCACAGAAGAAGGCGGAGAGCGAGUCUUGA